CAUCAACCUCAUUCCAUUCCACUCUAAAAAACAAGAGAGAGAAUUGAGAGACAGAGAGACAGAGGCAUUAAGAGAUGAGACCAGUAACCACCACUACCACCACCACCACCACCACCGUAAACGGCAGUAUCCACCAAUGGAACUCACCCAUCCCUUACCUCUUCAGCGGCCUAGCUGUAAUGCUUGGACUCAUUGCCUUUGCAUUGGUAAUUCUAGCUUGCUCCUACAAAAAAUCAUCAUCAUCUUCUUCUUCUUCUUCUUCAAAUUCAUCGACUCAUGCUGGAGAAAAACCAGUUAGGCCUCCACCGGAGAUGGAGCCAAAAAUUGUCGUGAUCAUGGCCGGAGAUGAGAAUCCAACGUACCUCGCAAAGCCGGUCUCUUCUUCUCAAGCUCAACAUACUGAGCAAGUCUGAGAUGUCACAACUCUAUUUUGUUUUUGGUUUUUUUUUUGGGUCCUUGCAUUAGUUGAUCAUGUAGCAAUUUUUCAAAACUUUGUUACUUCUUCUUUUGGUUCUAGCUUGUAAGUAUCUAUCCAAUUAUAUAUGAGUUAAUUCAUAUGGUUUAUUUAUUAUAUCAUGCCAUCUUGGUAUGUCACACAAGUAGAGAAAUAAAUAAAUAGAACUCUGUUUUCGUGAUU